AUGGGUUCCGACAAAAGAGUGAGCAGAACCGAGCGAAGUGGAAGGUACGGCUCCAUCAUCGACAGGGAGGACCGCGAGGAGCGGGAGCCCCGCAGGCGCAGGGACUCGGACUACAAGAGGUGCAGUGACGACCGGAGGGGUGAUCGGUACGACGACUACCGAGACUACGACAGCCCCGAGAGAGAACGGGAAAGAAGGAACAGUGACCGAUCCGAAGAUGGCUACCAUUCCGAUGGUGACUAUGGCGAGCAUGACUACAGGCACGACAUCAGCGAUGAGCGCGAGAGCAAGACCAUCAUGCUGCGCGGCCUGCCCAUCACCAUCACGGAGAGCGACAUUCGGGAAAUGAUGGAGUCCUUCGAAGGCCCUCAGCCUGCGGAUGUGAGGCUCAUGAAAAGGAAAACAGGUGUAAGCCGUGGUUUCGCCUUCGUGGAGUUUUAUCACUUGCAAGAUGCUACCAGCUGGAUGGAAGCCAAUCAGAAAAAGCUGGUGAUUCAAGGAAAGCACAUUGCAAUGCAUUACAGCAACCCCAGGCCCAAGUUUGAAGAUUGGCUUUGUAACAAGUGCUGCCUUAACAAUUUCAGGAAAAGACUAAAAUGCUUCCGAUGUGGAGCGGACAAGUUUGACUCGGAGCAGGAAGUGCCCUCUGGAACCACCGAGUCGGUUCAGUCUGUGGACUACUACUGUGACACAAUCAUCCUCCGGAACAUCGCCCCGCACACGGUGGUGGACUCCAUCAUGACCGCGCUGUCCCCCUACGCGUCCUUGGCCGUCAACAACAUCCGCCUCAUCAAAGACAGGCAGACGCAGCAGAACCGGGGCUUCGCGUUUGUGCAGCUGUCUUCCGCCAUGGACGCCUCCCAGCUGCUGCAGGUCCUGCAGAGUCUCCACCCGCCUUUGAAGAUCGACGGCAAGACUAUUGGGGUUGACUUUGCAAAAAGUGCCAGAAAAGACCUGGUCCUCCCCGAUGGCAACCGGGUCAGCGCCUUCUCCGUGGCCAGCACAGCCAUCGCUGCCGCCCAGUGGUCGUCCACCCAGUCUCAGAGCGGCGAAGGAGGCAGCGUCGACUACAGCUACCUGCAGCCCGGCCAGGACGGCUACGCGCAGUACACCCAGUACUCGCAGGACUACCAACAGUUCUAUCAGCAACAAGCUGGAGGGUUGGAAUCUGAUGCGGCAUCUGCAUCAGGCCCAGCCGUGACCACCACCUCGGCGGCCGUGGUGUCCCAGAGCCCGCAGCUGUACAAUCAGACCUCGAAUCCACCCAGCUCUCCGACUGAGGAGGCACAGCCGAGCACCAGUGCCAGUACCCAGGCCCCUGCCGCCUCCCCGACUGGAGUAGUUCCCGGUACCAAAUAUGCGGUGCCGGACACGUCCACCUACCAGUACGAUGAGUCUUCGGGCUAUUACUACGACCCCACCACAGGCCUGUACUACGACCCCAACUCACAGUACUACUACAACUCGCUGACCCAGCAGUACCUGUACUGGGACGGCGAGAAGGAGACCUACGUGCCGGCCGCCGAGGCCAGCGCGCACCAGCAGGCGGGCCUGCCUCCUGCCAAGGAGGGGAAGGAGAAGAAGGAGAAGCCCAAGAGCAAGACUGCCCAGCAGAUCGCCAAAGACAUGGAGCGCUGGGCGAAGAGCCUGAACAAGCAGAAGGAGAACUUCAAGAACAGCUUCCAGCCCGUCAGCUCCUCGCGGGAAGAGGAGAGGCGGGAGAGCGCCGCGGCCGACGCGGGCUUCGCGCUCUUCGAGAAGAAGGGAGCCUUGGCCGAGAGGCAGCAGCUCAUCCCCGAACUGGUGCGGAACGGAGACGAGGAGAACCCCUUGAAGAGGGGCCUGGUGGCUGCGUACAGCGGGGACAGUGACAACGAAGAGGAGCUGGUGGAGAGGCUGGAGAGUGAGGAGGAGAAGCUGGCCGACUGGAAGAAGAUGGCCUGCCUGCUCUGCCGGCGCCAGUUCCCGAACAAGGACGCGCUGGUCCGGCACCAGCAGCUCUCCGACUUGCACAAGCAAAACAUGGACAUCUAUCGGCGGUCCAGACUGAGUGAGCAGGAGCUGGAGGCCUUGGAGCUGCGGGAGAGAGAGAUGAAGUACCGGGACCGCGCCGCCGAGAGACGGGAGAAGUACGGCAUCCCCGAGCCGCCAGAGCCCAAGCGCAAGAAGCAGCUGGACGCGGGCACUGUGAACUACGAGCAGCCCACCAAGGACGGCAUCGACCACAGCAACAUUGGCAACAAGAUGCUGCAGGCCAUGGGCUGGCGGGAAGGCUCGGGCCUGGGAAGGAAGUGUCAAGGCAUCACAGCCCCCAUCGAGGCUCAAGUCCGGCUAAAAGGCGCUGGCCUCGGAGCCAAGGGCAGUGCGUACGGACUGUCGGGUACGGACUCCUACAAGGAUGCUGUCCGCAAGGCCAUGUUCGCCCGGUUCACGGAGAUGGAGUGA